GAGAAAAAGUUGCGCAACACAACGAGUUGCUACCUGGUCUCACUGGCCAUCGCUGACCUCUUCGUCUCCAUCGUCGUCAUGCCCUGCUGCAUUGUCCAACACGUCCUAGAUUACUGGCCGUUUGGUUACACAAUGUGCAACUUGUGGCAGAUGUCAGACGUGAUGAUGUGCACCUCCUCCAUCAUGCACAUGUGCACCAUCUCAUUGGACAGGUACACAGGCAUCAGAGAUCCACUC